AUGAGACUCCCGGAUAAAAUGCUGGCCAGCUUGCUUGUGAUUUUCAGCUUUUCCACCAAAGGUGCAGCCUCCUCAGGGACAAAGGUCUCCUCGGAUCCGAUGGUCGUCUCGGGGGCCUUGGAUCACGACGUUGAACUACGCAUCCCGGAUUUCUCAAUGAGUGACGAUACCGACGAUAUACGCUGGGUCAGAGGAGAAAGCAGGGUUGCACAGUUCCAAAAAGGCAAGGUCACCUUCAGUCUCAAUGGAACUUAUGAGCUCAUUGAAAAUGGAAGUCUGAAAAUUAAACAACUAAACAGACAGUCUAACAGUAGCUACAAGGUUAACAUAUAUAAUACGAAAGGAGAGUGUGUGUUGGAAAAAACAUUUGAGUUGAAGGUUCUAGAGUCGGUCUCCAAACCAAAGCUCUCCUGGGAUUGCAGCAAUGUGACUCUGACCUGUGAAGUGGUGAGAGGGACCGACGCUGAGCUGAUACUGUCUCUGGACGGGAAAUCUCUCAGAACACAGCAGAAGAUCAUCACGCACAAGUGGGCCACCGGCUGGAGCAUGACAGCCAACUGCACAGCAAAUAACAGUGUCAGUGAGGAAUCCACUGUGAUUGUCGCCGACUGUUCAGGAAAGGGACUGCACAUCUACCUCAUCAUUGGCAUCUGCGGGGGAGGCUUCCUCUUGAUGGUCUUUGUGGCGCUGCUCAUUUUCUGCAUCAGCAAGAGGAAAAAACAGAACAGCAGGAGAAGUGAAGAGCAGCAGGAGAUGAGAGCGCAGAGAGCAGCGGCUGAGGAAAGGGCCCGGAAGCUCCCUCCGAUUCCGGCCUCCACGCCUGCAAAUCCAGCAGCUCCCCAACCGCCCCCACCAUCUGGGCAUCGUCCCCUGCCUCCUGCCCACCGUGCCCAGCACCAGAAGCAGAAGAGGCCGCCUCCGUCGGGCACGCAAGCUCACCAGCAAAGAGGUCCCCCGCUCCCCAGACCCCGAGUUCAACCCAAACCUCCUCAAGGGACUGCAGAAAACUCAUUGGCUCCUUCCUCUAAUUAGAAGAGAUGGACCUUUCCCUUCCAGAAACGGGCAUCGUGGAUGUCUCUGCUCUGGUGCGCGUGUCCACACCGCCAUCAGGUGGUCCCUGCACGCACGACGUUACCGCCUCCCAAGGCUCGUGGGCCUCAGCCACGUGGGCCGCUCGGGCUGCUGUCC